CUACUACUACUACUACUACUACUACUACUACUACUACUACUACUACUACUACUACUAUCACUAAUACUACUACCACCAUUGUUAUUAAUACCACCACUACUACUACUUGCUACUGCUACUACCGCUACCGUUAUUAUUACUACAUUAUACUGUUAACACCACUACUACCGCUAUUACUCCUGCUACUACAACUACUACUAUAAUUACUAUAGCUAAUAUUGUUAAUACAUUAACUUGCACGACUACUACUACUGUUCCUUAUACUACUAAUCCUCUUACUACUACUACUACUACUGUUCCUUAUACUACUAAUCCUCUUACUACUACUACUACUACUACUACUACUACUACUACUACUACCACUACUACUACUACUACUACUACUACUACUACUACUACUACUACUACUACUACUACUACUACUACUAUUAUUGCCACCACUAUCACUACUACUAUUUAUAACUGUUGAUAUUGAUUAUGUCCCUAAUACUACAAUUUUACUUCAGCAACCCACCGCUAUUGCUGGAGAGGCUCCACAUGAGAUACACUAAGAUCAAGGUACCGACAGUGACGCUUUGUUCUCGGUACAGGCAAGAUGUGUUUGUCUUACUGCGGCGGUUUGCCAUUUUGGCAUUAGUUACCCGUUAUCUGAAUUUCAGAGCGGGUUGGCACUUAUUUUACACCUUACUCACUUUGUUUUACCUUACUUUAUUACCCCGUGAUCCUGUUGGAGCGGGAAGAGUGCCUGGUGUUCCUUUCCUGUUAUCCAUGAGGAGCGGGAGGACACGGUGUUGAACAAGGAGCGGGACAGGUGACAGAGUGUACUGUUGUGAAGGAGUUUGGUUCAUCAAUAUGUCUUCCUCGGGGGAUUCUACACCUCCAAGAAGCGGUUCUUCACAUUCUUGUGGAAGCCGACUCUAUUCGUCCACUAGGCAUAAAAAGAGGAAGAAUAUCCAAUGGUCUGGGGCCUCUGCUAGGGAGGAUGAAGUUGCAAGUGAUCGUGUGUCUAAGAUGGACGCCCGACCACCAGCUAGCCAGUCUGGAGAUGUUAACAAUACUACGUUAUCCAAGUUUUUGGAGGCUUGGGCUGCACUUCAGGAGGGUGUGAAUAAACUUAAGAGUGACAGAGGUGCCAGGGCAAGUGUUGGUUCUGAGCCUGGCACAUCAGGCAUCAGAUCUGGGCCAGCACAGGACUUAGGGGGUACUCAUGAGAUUUCUGCCUCCCCUCCCCCUUCUUCCUCUGGUGCAUUUUCUGGCUUUAGGUCACAAGAAAUGAGUGCUGAAGAAGGUGAGAUCGAAGAUGAAGCUCCUUCGGGCAGUAUUCUGUUACAAGCAGCUAAGGCCUAUGUGCCUAUGGAUGACUGUUCUGAAGCUAUUGAAGAACCGAUUGCUGCAAUGGUGAAUCACUGGUUUUCUCAUGGUUUGAAAGAGGAAGACCAUAAGGAGAUUUUGGCAGAUGAGGCUUCUAAACGUCCUAGAAACUGUAAGGCACUUAUCCCAGUCGAGUGCAACUCACAAGUGCUGGAUGCCCUACCCACUGAGGCAAAGAAAGCUGAUUUCCGACUGAAGGAAAUUGGUAAGGAUAUAACUAAGGCUGCCACUAUUAUGGUUAAAUCACUUACUGUUCUGGACAAGUUUGCCAAUGAGGAGCAGAAUCAGGUUAUUGGUCAUUGGUUAUCAGGUCAUUGGUCAGAAUCAGGUUAUUGGCUAUGCUUAAUGGUGCCUUGGGGUUGUUAGGGCAUGCAAACUUUAAACUGAAUAUGAAUAGGCCCAAGGGGCCGGGGACACUACAAUCCCUGGCAGUAAUUCGGGUAAGGAAUGACUUUGAAGCGGGUCAGCUUCAUAAGUUUAUUGGUGAAUGGUGCAAACUUACCUGUGAUCCUUUCAUUUUGGACAUUGUUAAACAUUGCCAUCUUGAGAUUGAUGAACAGAACAUUACUCAUUUAUUUUCUGAGGAAGUGGAAUACAAAUUUAGUGAUGAGGAGAAAGUUAUUAUGACUAAUGAAAUAGAUAAAUUGUUGAGCCAGAAGGUUAUCAAAGAGACUCACAGACAGGUGGGCCAGAUUAUUUCACCAGUUUUCUUGAGAGAGAAAAAAGAGGGUGGCUACAGGUUGGUGCUUAAUUUGAAGAAACUCAACACAUUCAUGAAUUACAUCCAUUUCAAAAUGGAAAAUUUUGAGCAGGCAAUUAGGCUAAUCAGUUCAGGCGCAUUCAUGGCUUCGGUGGAUCUGAAGCAUGCUUAUUAUUCAGUCAAAAUUGCAGAGGAGCAGCAAAAAUACCUUUGUUUUAAAUGGGCAGGGAAGAUAUACCAAUUCACUUGCCUUCCUAAUGGUGCUUCUGCAGGUCCUCGUCUUUUCACUAAACCUUGAAGGAAUAUAUUAACAGAACGGAGAAUCUGAGAAAGGAAUUUGGGAAGGAUAAUGGGAAACUCCUCAUCAGUGUGGUGAAGCCACAUAAAAGUGUUUCCAAAGAUACAGUGGCAAGGUGGAUUAAAACUGUUCUUGUCGACUGUGGUAUCAAUACUAAGAAAUUCACGGCUGGCAGUGUUCGACCAGCCUCUGCUUGCAAGGCCAAAGCCAUGGAUGUCCCAGUUAACAUUAUCUUAUCUAAGGCAGGUUGGACUCAGGAGACAACCUUUGCUAAACACUAUAAUAAGAAGAUCACUCGGGUUUCAGAUUUUUUUCAAGAGGCCAUACUGGAUUCUGUAUUGUAAUGUUAACAGGUUUCUCUAUUCAUUUGUGUUGGAUCUCAAUUGACAUAUUUUGUUUGUUUUAUACAUGUACUAUAUGUUUUUGUAAGGGACAUAUCUGUUUAAGGAGGAGGAUUUUUCAUACAAUGAAGUUGGGAUACAUA